AUGUCUCGAAGCAAAUGCCAGUGUACUUUGGGACAUUUUACAAAAGACACUACAACCAUGAAAGCUAAAUGUACACUGUGCGGUGAUUUUUAUAGUUACAAUACUACAACAGGAAAUCUGAAGAGUUAUCUACGUAAGAGGCACUUAGACGCAUAUGAAAGAGUCGCUUUGCACCAAGGUGUAAUUUUACGGGAGAUGCGUUCUACACCAACGGCCAAGUCAGCAUCGCAACCACCGACGACAGCAGGGGCAAGUAGUAUCACACCACCUGCCGACGUCACCGGGUCAAUUCCUCAAUUUAAUCAAACUAUUGCUGCACCUCGAGCUGCACCAUAUCCACAACAACAACGAAUGGACAAGUACGGCACAGCAAAAAAAAUAUCAGCUGAUCAAAAAAAAUAG